AUGCGGUCCUUUACCAAACAGACGUCUACUUGCCUAUUGCUUUCGCUUUCCUCGCUAUUCUCAUUGACAACAGCAACGCCCCAGGCUGAGUUCAAUGAGGAGUAUGACUUCGUCAUCGCGGGUGCUGGUUUGGUUCUAGCGAAUCGCCUGACGGAGUCCGGCAAGUUCACAGUACUCGUACUGGAAGCUGGACCCAGUCCCGAGCAAGUCCUCGCAUACGAAUCACCAGGAGGCAACCAGUUUCUCAAGGGCAGCUUGAUCGAAUGGGGCUUCACUACCACUCCGCAAGAGCACUUGGGCAACCGUACUCUACAGUACCUUCGUGGACGUGGUCUCGGUGGCUCUAGCGCGAUCAACGGUCUCUACUACGCCCGAGGUUCAGCCAGUGUAUAUGACAGCUGGGUCGAGGCUGGAAACAACGGAUGGGGCUGGAACGAUAUUUACCAUUACUUCAAGAAGAGCACCAAGAUCAACCCGCCAGCCUUGUCACCAGAGCUCUCUCAAUUUACGAUGAAGUACAAGACGUAUGAACCCACUGCCUACGGAGACGGGCCCCUGCAGCUCAACUUCCAAGGCUAUGUUGCACCUUCUACUGAAGCGUUCGUCGUUGCAUGCUCUGAAGCUGCGAAUAUUCCUAUCGUUCAAGAUUUGAACCUUGGAAAUAGUGAAGGUGUCAAGCACGGCACCAUCACGAUGGACGAUAAACUCAGGAGAAGCUCGAGCUACGACAGUUUCUACAAGCAAGCUGCUAACCGGACCAAUCUCAAAGUCCUGCACGACGCACCUGUUUCUGGACUUAUCAUGGACACUACAGGUAGCAAGCCUCGUGCUAUCGGCGUCAACUACAUUGAACAGCGUACCGCCUUGGUCAACCGAGUCCGAGCUCGCAAGGAAGUCAUUGUCAGCUUGGGUGCUUUCCAAUCACCCCAGCUACUCAUUACCUCCGGCAUUGGCCCCAAAGCAGAGCUUGAGAAGCACGCCAUCACACCCGUUGUCAUCAACGAGAAUGUUGGUCAGCACCUCAACGACCACUCCGUCUUCAGCAUCAUGGCCCGGGUCCAAGACGGCGCCUCAACCACCGACAUGUCGCGCAACGCCAGUAGCCUACGCGCCGCCCAGAAUCUCUUCUACACCAACCUAACAGGUCAGUACACCGCGCCCUCGGGUGUAACCAACGGCUUCCAAAAGUUCUCUGAGCAACAACUCCGCGACAUGAACGCAACUGCCGUCAUCGAUGCCGGUCUCACCAACCAAACGCACGUCGAGUACCUAUUCGAGAGUGUGUGGUACCCGUGGAUCCCAACACCAUUCUAUGCGCCCCGGGGUAACGAAUCCUACAUGUCCCUCACUGCAUCCAGCAUGGUGCAGCUCUCGCGCGGUUCAAUCACACUACGCUCAGGCUCAAUGUCAGACUUGCCCCUCGUCAACAGCAACUACUACGCCGACCCCACCGACGCCGCGAUCGCUAUUGAGUCCUUCAAGUACCUCCGUGCCAUGCUGCGCCACCCGGCCCUGUCGCAAUUCACCAUCGGCCCCAACUCCGGCGAAGUCAGCCCCGGCCCUGCCGUCGCGGACGAUGACCACGAGGCUAUCCUCAAGUACGUCAAGGCAAACACUAUCCCUAACUGGCACGCUACUGGCACCGUUCGCAUGUUGCCAGAGGACAAGGGUGGUGUGGUAGACGAGAGGUUGAGGGUCUAUGGUGUUGAUGGCUUGAGGGUUAUUGACUGCAGUAUCGUUCCUAUUCUGCCUGAUGCCAACAUCUUGGCAAGUAUCUACAUGGUUGCUGAGAAGGGUGCGGAUAUGGUGAGAGAGGACAACGGAGAUGAGAGGACCUAUUAGAAGUUAGAAGUUUGAUUUUUCUGCUGGAUAAGCUUGGGAUUGGAGGAACUUAACUGGUAUUAAGCAAAGGAGGUUGUUGUUUAAUGUGUAGUUGAAUUCAAUUCGAUAUUUACUUCUAUC